AUGGACUCCUCAGAUGAGGAGGCUGAGGCUGGUGAUGCGGUGAACAGAGAUGCAGAUGCGGAUAGCAGUGAAGAGUCCGAGGAAGAGGAUGAGCGAGACCAACAGUACCAAUUCAUUCCGUUACCUGAUCCCAGCCAGCCUGUAGCAUCGACAUCGUCAGCACCGGCGCCCGCUCGACGUACCGCCCUUUCGCUUGACGAAGAUGACGACGAAAGGGUAGAGGAUAUCGAUAGGAGUGCUGGAAAGGUUAUAGGGACUGCAGAAACAAUAAGAGAGUCGUGGAGAGAGCAUUUCAAUAGCUUGGGAGGGCAGGGACACAGCGAUGAAGAUGUACUAGCACGGGUCAAUGCAGUGUGGGCCCCGUUUGAGUCCGAGAUGGACUGGCAGAUCACGAAGUGGUUCGUCAAGGAAGGGAUUGGGCAGGGCGCGGUAGACCGCUUUCUACGAAUACCAGAAGUGCAAGAGAGGCUCGGACUCACAUAUCACAACAACCGAGCCUUGCUUCAGAAGGUCGACUCCAUCCCUGAGAGGUUGUCCUGGAAGGAAUGCUGGCUGACCUUCAAGGAUCGUCCGGGCGAACACCAUUUGGUGCAAUACCACGACAUCAUCGAGGCAAUCAAGGCUUUGUUAGGAAACCCAGCUCAUGCGAAUCAAAUCGUGUAUCGACCUAGCCAUAUCUUCUCAAACUCUGCGCGCACUAACCGGAUUUACACGGAGAUGUGGACCGGUCAAUGGUGGCACGCAAUCCAGAGUAUCUUACCAGCAGGCACUGCGGUCGACUCCGCCGGCAUCACCGAGAACAAGCGGAGAGUGUUGGUCCAACAGCUCUUCCACGCUUCGGUGCGCACCAUCCUCCAGCCUCUCGUCGACGCAGGCAAGGAGGGAAUUGAUGUGACGGGUGGCGACGGAAAUGUGCGCAGGGUUCAUCCGAUCCUGGCGUCUUACGUCGCGGACUACCCGGAGCAGUGCUUGGUCAGUUGUACCAAGUACGGGACUUGCCCCAUCUGCCAGUGCCCAGAGAGCGGCCUUGGGGACGCGUCUGCGAAGACGCCUCGCGCCCAGCUCUGGACCCUGGACGUGCUACGGAAAGCUCGUCAGCAAGGCGAGAGAGGCUCCACAGCCUUCUCCAAGUCUUGCAAGCAGUUCAACGUCUCCGGUUACUGCAUCAAACCUUUCUGGAGGGACUACCGCGUAUUCACGCAUAUAGUGGAGUGGUCCACCGAACUCAUCGGAGAGAAGGAACUCGACCGUCGCAUUCGCUGCCUCCCUCCGGCGUACGGCACCCGUCAUUUCAAGACCGGGAUAUCCGCCCUCUCUCAGGUUUCCGGUAGCGAGCGGAAGGACAUCGCACGCAUUCUCCUCAGAUGCCUCGUUGGCCGUAUACCCAGGGCUGCAAUGCUCACCUUCCGUUCGCUGCUCAAUUUCAUAUACCUUUCCCAGUAUCCCACUCACGACGAGUCUACCCUCGGAUACAUGGAAGACGCCCUCAAAAUGUUCCACGACAACAAGCAUAUACUGGAGGAACUCGGCGUUCGGGAGCACCUGAACAUACCGAAAGUUCAUUCCCUUCUACACUACGUAGAUUCUAUCCGCAGGCUCGGCAUGACCGACAACUUCAACACCGAGAUGUUUGAGCGGUUGCACAUUGAUUGUGCGAAGAAGGCGUGGAGAGUCUCGAACCACCGCAACGCUCGCCCGCAGAUGAUCAAGUGGCUCGACAGGAGGGAGAAGUUUUCUAUGUACGACACCCUUCGCGGCAGACUUAGUACGGACCAGUCUGCAGACCCGCAAGCAGUGUCUGCCUCGGAGAGUACUACUGGCACCGCAAACUCUGAAGACGACAGUACGCACCUCCCUCGCAGCAGCAAAACACGCAUCAAAUUAGCCAAACAUCCGUCGUUAGCUCAACAAUCCUUACCUUCCAUCGAGGAACAACACGCGGCACCGGGCUUCACCGACGCCGUCUCGCAGUACGUCUAUACUAUGAAACUACAGCGCAGACUCCGCCCUAGAGAGCAGGACCGGGCGAACCGUCACCUACCAUUCGGCCGAGUGGACGUCUUCCACGGGUUCAAGUUCAACAACAUUCCACUCAACGACAACGCCGAAGAGAAGGAUGGCGUCAAGGCCAGGCCUUCUUCAGCAGACAAGCCAGCAAGAUUCGAUACUGUUGUUGUAUUGCGCAGCGACGAGGCUGAAGCCACAGGAUUACAAGGGACUCGCGUCGGAAGACUGAGAGUUAUUUUUCAGCUUCCCAAAACCAUACGCGAUCCUACCACAAACCUGGAUAUGGAAGCACCGGAGGAGUGGGCCCAGGAGGGGCCUUUAGCCUACGUGGAGUGGUACGGGAAGCUGGGUUCAAUGGCAAACCCAGUACACAUGAUGUACGACUACGUUGGCUUCUUCCGCGCCGACGUCAAUAAGAGCAAGGUGCAUAGCACCAAGCUCGAAGAAGACGGUCUAGUAUAUUGCGGAUACAAGAACACGAUGGAUUUUUCACACUUCCCUCCUCCCCCCAUCCAGCGACGUGCCGCAUGUCGCGUCGUCAUUGAGGUGCCGUCGGACAGCGAAGACGAUGAGGCGCGUAGUAACGGGGCGUCCAGUUCGAGCACGGUCACGCCUACCGUCGCAAAACGCGCCGCUCGGCAGACGACCCUGUCCCUCGUACCAGCAAGCGGUGCAAGAAGGACAAGGAGGACGGUGGGCGGCACCGGGCACACCGGCGUCCCUGGUACCCACGGUCCCAUUGCGCAGUACCACGAACACUCAAGGUACUAUUCCGCCAUCAAGCCCUGGCCGAACAAGAUCGUGGAGAACGGCCUGCCGAUUGAGAUGCCGGUGUACAAGGAGUCUCUGGAAACUACGUAUGCCCGGCAAGGUGAUGCGUCCAUGAUACUCGUCAACGACGAUGGUCUCAGGUUGCUCUCGGUCGAGGAGCGUGACACACGCAUAGCAUUCUACGCCAACCACGGCAUUGGCUGGGUCGCGCGGCCGAAGCUUGAUGAUGCGCCGGACGGUUCCAGCGUGCGGACGAGCGCGGCCCCAGAAGAGGACUCACUCGGUCAUGAGGCAGAGCAGUGUUACGGCAUGCAGUACCAGCACUGGGACGGCAGUAACGCCAGCGUCGUCGGCUUCGAGGACGACGAGAAGAUGAACUCGGAAGGGAGCACGCGCUGCAGAUUGCCAUCAACAAGGUGUACAAGUCGAGCGGCCGCAAGUUCCGCCCCUGGGCCGCUAACGGACGUGGGGACGUGCGUGCCGUGUUGGCGAGAUCAUCCUGAUCGUCAACUCGGACAUGUCGGUGUCAUCCAGCACGAGUCGGACAUCAUGCAGGUCGCGCAUCACUGCUUCGCGUACUUCACCGGCGUAUCAACAAAUCUCGGUGGUGUGGCGCCAGGGCCCAAUCGCGAGGGAGAUCCACUCGUUCCUCUGGUCGCGCUGCUGCACUACAAGUUCUCGAUGAUGUCGUACAUGUUCUCGUACUACGGUAUCGCGUGUUCGAUCACGAUCAGUGUCAUCAACUACAUCUGCCUCGGCUUCGAGCUUCCCGUUGACGGCUACUACAUGCACUCGUACCGUCUGGGUGAGGAACCGCUGAUCAAGUCUUUCCUCAUCAACGUUAUGUGGAUUCCAUACUUCUUCUUCUUUGGUGGUCUGUCGAUCCCUGUCAGCCAGGCGAUUAUCGCCCACCUGUUCUCACACAACAUCUCAUGGGGUGCGAAGAAGGAGGUCAAGCGGUCGAUCUUCUUCGAGGACAUCCCGAAGAUCCUCAAGAGGUUCUGGGUACCGUGGACGAUCUGCAUUGUGCUCACGGCGGGCCUGAUCAUCCUGUCGACGUCAUUAGUGCCCGUGCAGUGGCGCAUCGACGGUGGAAAGAAGCAUGCGCGCUGCAUCACGCGGUGCUCACCUACGCCCACGGUGCCGGACAUCCCACGUUCGGGCAGCAGUGGUGAAUGGGAUAGGAUUGGGACUGAGAGGGGAGUAGACGGCGGGCAGACAGAGAAAUCAAGAGCCACAUUCUCUAGCUCAAGUAUGUCCGGACACAGGGACGUCGACGCGCGCGCAGAGUCAUGGGCCGGCUGA